GCUGUUUGUUCUUCAGCAGGAGGGCCAGGCCCCUUUGGGGACAGCUGGAGCAGAUGGCCACCCCACGUCAACCCAACAAUCUCUCAGGGCAUUUGACGUCCACAGUUGAUUUCCACCCCAAGGACCAAGGAAUGUAAAUCAGCCCCUGGAAACUAGGCUGCCCCGAGAUGAGGCAGCCAGUUUAAAACAAACACAGGACUUCCUAUAUAAGGACCAGACAGCCGCCAGGUAUCACCUCCACCCGGAAUCCCAGGCCCUUCUGUCCCAAUCCAGCCGAGGCCAUGCCCUCCCCAGGGACCGUCUGCAGCCUGCUGCUCCUCAGUGUGCUCUGGGUAGACUUGGCCAUGGCAGGCUCCAGCUUCCUGAGCCCUGAACACCAGAAAGUGCAGCAGAGAAAGGAGUCCAAGAAACCACCAGCCAAACUGCAGCCCCGAGAGCUUGAAGGCUGGCUCCGCCCAGAAGAUGGAAAUCAGGCAGAAGAGACAGAGGAUGAGCUGGAAAUUCGGUUCAACGCCCCCUUUGAUGUUGGAAUCAAGCUGUCAGGGGCUCAGUCCCAUCAGCAUGGCCAGGUCCUGGGGAAGUUUCUUCAGGACAUGUUUUGGGAAGAGGCCAAUGAUUGCUUCUACAACUCCCAGCUCUGA